CUUUGGUGCGCCUGAUCAGUGUUGAUUGAUACCUGGCAGUACAAAGGAAGAUGUGUUGGCUGUGAGUAACCGAACCUCGAGCAUUAGCGCAUCUAGCGUUCCAUUGCACAACUCGACCCACCUUUAAUUGCUUCACCGCCCAAACUGCCAAGUACCGAUAACGCGCUUAUCGCGAAUCUUCUGGCAAAAAAGUCCCUCCACCACCAGCUCCAAGUAUCGUCAAUCGUAGAUCGAGCUUCAUUCAACCCACACACCCCAACAUCACACCAACCCCAAAAAUGGCACCCAAGCGCCCCAACGAAGACGGCGACGCCGCCGACAAGUUCACAAAGAAACCCCGCCAGGGCUUCCGAGUAGGCCCCGACAACCUCCCCGACGGCGCCUGGAAGCGCAAGGUGACCAAAAUCAAAAAAGACCUCAUCACCAAAGCCAAAAUUAAAAAAAAAUACUCCAAAAUCAAAGCCGCCCACGCCUCCGAACCCACCCCCGCCCUCCCCGAGCUCCCACCCUCUCCCAUAAUCCACCCAGCAGGCGCGCCCUCCGAACCAACACCCAACUCACCCUCCCCAACUGGCCCAGCUCCCGAGCCAGACCUCCACCCCGACCGCCUCCACCUCCUCACAACCGACGAACCCCCCAAUCCCAACGCCAACGCUCCUGACUUCCCCCCUCUCCCCAAACGCAACAACGGGGACCGCUCCCGCGGCAAAAACCAAAAGCAGCGCAAACCCGACUACUACGAAAAAGAACUCGCCAAAGCGGCUGAACUCAAGGCAAAGCAGGAAGCCCGCAACGCGGAAUUUGCCCGGAGGCAAAAGGAACGCGAAGACAGGAUCAAGCAGAGAGAAAAGUGGCAAAGGCAAAUGGACAAGGCCAAGAGGCCGGACAAGAACGGCAAGAUGAGACUCGGAAGGGAGAGCAAGAUACUCCUGGAAAAGGUGGAGAGGUUGGUUGAGGGGAAAUAAAGGUGGUCUGUAGCGAAUAUAGCUGUUGAGGUGGUUGGUUGGUGGGGAGAGAGAUGGUUGGAGGAAUGGGACAGGGGAGAAAGAGGGGGGGGGUCAGGAUGGGAAAAGUUGUGUGUUUUAAUAAUCGUGCUCGAUACCCUAUUUUUGCGAUUAACGGAAAAGAGAAAGAAAAUGAAAUGGACAGAGA